AUGACGAGGAAUCUAGUUUGUUGUAGCGUGGCAGUUGUGGCGUCACGAUGUCGUCAUGUCUCUUCGCACUUGUUUGUCUUUUUUUUCUGCGGUGCAUGGUUGAGAUGUUGGUGAAUGCUGGACAAGAAAUGGAUUCUGCGAGAGACUGUAAGUACAAAUUUAGUAUUAAUUUGGUAAAGAAAAAGCCUGAAUAUCGAACAAAUCCCGUGAAUUAUCCUUUUGGCAUUCAGUUUAUCUUGCUGUUGAGCAUGCCUAAGAACUCCGGCAUAAGUGGUUGUCAACUUGUUCACUUCGGAUUGUUUCUGUUUGUAUGUCUUGUAAUCUUCUUCUGCUGCUAAGAAGACUAGAGAAAACUUCAAAAAUAAGAAACCAAAGCUAAAAAAAGUCAGUUCUAAUUUUAUAGCUCGAGUAUAAUUAUUUUUGGCACCUACGGUCAUAUUUUUCCACUGUACUGGUAAAGUUACUUAUUUUUGCUGCAUAGUUUGACUGUUGUUUGAAAGACAAUCAAACGGAUAUUACAAUCACUUUUGGAGACAAAAUAAAAUAUCCGUAAAUCAAAUGCCAAAAUCAGAUUUGGAUUUCGCUUUAAAAAAAUGAACAUGCUGCGCGUGUCAAUGCAAAGUUGUAAACAACUCAAUAUAAGCAGUCUGUGAAUGUGCGUUUAGGUCCACAAAACUAAUUUUUCUUUUGGACAUCUCAUCCAAGCAAAGACUUAAGGCUUACAUUGCUUGUCUACGAGUGUACUACAAAAUGCUUUGCUACAGUAAGCCUCUGAGAGGCGAUUCUGGUAAAUUUAUAGGACGCUAAAAUGCAAAUAAUUCUAAGCUUAAACAACCUGGCUGGGUCCGACUUUUGAAUUACAAAAUGUUCAGGUUUGCCGGCUCUACUUUAAAUGAACAUGGUUUUUGAAAUGAUUUUGUAAUAUUUUAACCCGAAAAUUAUGAUUGGGUUAUAAAGCUUUUAAAACGGACGAAAACUAAGCUAAUAAACAUGUUCAAUGUAAAAAACUAAGAUUUAGUCGCUUUUUCAACUUUGCUUUGUGGGCCGAAAAAUUUACCUUUACGCAAAAACAAAAGCAAAUAAUGAGGCUUUUAUUGGACAUAUUUUCUGAGAAUUUUAUCUGAUCAAUUUAAUGUCACUAGCAUUGUUUUCGUAUAGGAAUUUUCCUAAUUAAAUGAGCUUUUAAUUUAAUAAUUUUGAUACUCUAUAAACUUCUCAUUUGAUAGCCUCACUUUUUUAUACACCGAUUGAGAAACAAAUUCGCUCUCGUUAAAUCCUAUUUUAUGACCUAUUUAUUAGAACUCUAGGUAACAUACGAAAUGAUGUAACCGGACAGGCUUUAACCUUUGGUCCUAAUUUAUUUUUUCUUCGCAACCCCUAAUCAGUUGACGGGCCGUGAAAGAAUAUCGCCACAAAAAGAUGCGAAAAAGUUUUCGCUGAGUUUCCUUUACAUAUUCCGGCUUUAUAUGGGUCUACACCCCAAUUGCCUGCUUAAAAAUGAAACUGUUGUUCAAUUAAGUGUCAGUCAAACUCGGUAUAAUCUUGACUUGCAAAUCCAAAUGCAAAGGUUUAUUUCGCAGUAGAAAAGCGUGUAAACAUCAUCGAACAGCGCAAUGUAAAUUGGCUAAUGUGAAACCACGUUUCUUUCACUUUAUUUACCAUGUAUUUAUCUCAAUUGCACACUCUUGUGAAAUUAGCCUCAGACAAUUAGUUGCGACCUUUAACAGACUCAACAAGCCAGUAUGAAAAUAUGUUAAGAGAAGCUGAGCUCUACAUGUUCUAUUUCUUUUUUUCAUAUUGCCCUUGCAUGUGUUAAGAUUCCAUUUCUUUUUUGUUACAGGUAACUUCCAGACAUGACGAGGAGAUAAUUACUUUUCUAGAGAGCAAUCCUUUGAUACCGUCAGUUAUUACUGACUUACUUUGAGUUAAAAACGAAGAACACAGACACUGGUAAUGACAAAAAAACAUUAAUCCCUGGCAAGCCUACAAAACAAGAAAGAGGAACUCAGACUCCUUAUCAAAAUGUGAAACAAGAUAAAAAGAGCUUUUCUAACGUAGGGAAAAUUGCGUUCGAGAGAUUUGUAAUUGCAACGUUAUAUUCAAGCACAUUGCAUUGUCAAACAUCAUAAUUUACUGAAUAAUGAACAGUGAUUUUGGGGCUUAGCUCAGUUUGUAAUGAACUUUGAAAGAUAUUCUAUAACCUUGUAUUUUUAAAAGCUUUCAUGGAACAUAGAUGCAUUUUAUUAUACAAUGAAAAUAGUCUCUGUCUCUCUUUUUACUGAUUUCAGUCAAUUCCAUUUUAUUCGCAAUGUGAAAUGGGAAUCCUAUUAAAGACUCAUUAAAAGGGGUGAGGAGUUUUUACAAUCCCCCAACAGGUCAUCUCCACGAUGACGCUGUUUUAUUACUUCGGCAGAAUCCCUCAGGGUUUUACUUUCUUGUGAAAAUUAGAGCUUUUGUUAUUUAAACUUCGCUGGGACAACCAAAUCUAUGAAAAUGAAAGGAAUAGCAAUGACGUCAUCGUGUAACCGUACAUCAAAAGAUAAGCAGUGUGAUCUGUUUUUUUUUUUUUUUUAGCCACGCUUAAAAUAUCUGUAGAUUCAAGGAAUUAUAACCUGUGCGUUGAGAGCAUGCCAGAGACCGAUUUUGGCAUGCCCGGCAUGACCCAGAUUAUGGCACGCCCGGCAUUCCAGAGAAUUUAGCAUGCCGGGCAUGUCAGAAAAUUUGGCAUGCCCGGCAUGCCGGAGAUUUUGCUGGGUAUGAAUUACUUAUUACUAGAACCUAGGCUUCUCGCGGCCUGGGUGAGAAGGUCACAGAACCUCAAAUUAUGCUUACAGGGCAUGCGAAAUUCUGUUGCAUGCCAAUUUCAAUGCAAAACCACUCUGGGGCCACCCCCUCUAUUACCAGUGAGCAAAUCAUUGACGAUAGGCAUGGGAAAAAUCCUUGCAUGCUAACCAACACUGAAAACGUAACAGAAAUGUCCUCAAUUGCUGAGUCAUGCCCUAGGGGAGGCUUUAAAGUACAGAAUUUCCUGACAUGGAUGAGGGAAUUUUCCGUAAACAGCAUGUGAUCAUGCCGGCUAGGACGUAUUGCCUCCGUAUUGCCCCUUUUUACAGCUAGCUAGGCUCAUUUUUAGGUUCCAUGGCCUGAAAUGACGAAAAAUUCAUGCCCUAAAUGUAAAAAGUCUAAAAACGUCCUCGAAAUUUUAGUUUCCAAGCCGUUUAGUUUAGAAGCUUGUUUCUCUGUUUUACCAGUGCCCAGUCCCCGCCGUGUAGCACCCCAUCCAAAAUGCUUGCAAAUUAAAAUGGCGGCCAAAAUUUUUCAUCCGAGAAUGUUGUGAGGGCUAGAAAGUAAAAAUCUAUGAUUCUUUCUGAACACGCUUUAAAAGGAAAUGGCGAUAAACUUGUUAAAGGGUUUGUUAGCAUUCUUGAAUCUGCGACCUCUUGGUUAGACAUUCGUGAAUAUUUUGUAUGAGGCUGGCAGUCGAGAGUCUGACGGGGGUGCGAGGAGUUUCAUAGUUUCUGUAACGUAGCCGGUAAGUUACUCAUUUGCUCGUCAUGUCAGUUGUAAAGUUAAGUAUUUUGGGAUAGUAGCGAACGUUGAAGUGAGGAUUCGAGGGGGAGACAAUGUUCUUUCGUUUUCGCAGCACUGUCGCUCCAUGAGCCCAACCAGUUAUCAGCUGUGGAUCAUUGUGGAUCACGAACACAAUCGAUGAAAUGUUGUCACGAGAAGACAAUUAGCUUCAAAUCGCCCUAAACAAUAAACUCAACAGAAUCGUUUUUAGCAGAUAAACUUCCUGUUGUAGUUCACUACUUUUUCUAACGAGGUGAAUGAAGCAAAGAGGUGAACAAACUGAAUUACAAUUGAGGUCAUAAUUUGCCCCAGCAAAGAGGGCGAGUGAAACAUAAGCGAUUUGCUUACCGAGGUGGGUAAACUGAAUUAAGGUUUUCCUGUUCAUUUAAAAUACUUGUUUGCAUUGAUCUCAUGAAGUCAAAAAGUGAUUACAACAGAAACAAAUAUGUACAAUUCCGUGACAAUUCACUAAAUCAAAGAUGCGUUCUGAAACCUUUCUUUUAAUUAUUAUUCAUUCAAAAUAUUUCCCCGAUUCUGAUUGGCUAAAAGCACACGUUUAAUUCACCAUAACCAGUUACUGAUGACCAAAUUUGGAAGAAAUUUGACUUUAACGAGGAAAUGACGUCAAAAAUGCAGCGUUUUCGCAGGUUAAGGCACCGUUAACCGAGAAGACCUGGGGACGAGGUUGAGUUGGUUUGGUUGUGAACUUGAAAAAAUGGCGGACAUUUCACUCGUUUCAAGAGUAAGAACUAGGCGAAAAAAUAGCUAAAAACAUGGCAAGAACAGCAAGAAGACAACUCAAAGGGCGCCAUCUGCCAUUUGGAGAAUAUUUGCCGAGCUGGACAAACCUAAACGUACACUAUCGAAGAUGAACUGAACAUCGAUGGAUCGAUGGAGGUAAGCAUGGUUUAGCUAUGUUUUUUAACUAGGAAUUAUUUUGAAUGAAUAAUAAAACAGUUAUUGAAUUCGGCUUUCGUAUCAUAUGAAGAAUUAUGGAGAUCUCGGAGGGUGUUAUCCGCCUCGGCCUACGGCCUCGACGGAUAACACUCUCCUCGAUCUCCAUAAUUCUUCAUAAGAUACUCAGCCUCAUUCAUUAACUGUUAAAUAUGUCUUUAUUGUGUAUUUGUCAAUAACUAUCCAAACUGAUUUUUGAGUAUGCAUUUUAUAUACAAUAGGUUACUACCGUUCCAAGCCCUUGAUCUUUCUACAUGGGGCCGCACUUCACUUCCAAUAUGGAACCUCUAGUUUAUUGACUAAAAAAGACAUAGAUUUAGCAAAGGCUAAAAGCAAAGCUCUCGAGGGAUCUUUGAAGAAAUGUCUUCCUCAAAUAAUUCAACUUUCGCCAUAACAAAAAGCAAACUUGAUUCCUUCUGAAAACUGGACCUGAGCCUGCUAUCAAUUGAAAUCAAAUGUUUGGUCAGCGAAGAACUUCAAAAAAAACAUGUCACCACUGUGAGAAUGUGUACCUGAGCCCGCGAUACGGUCAUGUGGCACUGAUUAGCAGAUACCCUAUUUUGACAGCUGUCAACUGACCAUAACCUGGAUGUCCAAUAUAAACGGUUAGAUACAGAUUGUAUAUGCCCUUAUUGAAGUCCAAUCCAGCCAAGCUUAGAGACGGAUGUACCUACUGACGACUUUUUUGCUCACCAACUUGGAUCAGAACCAUAGGGAAUUCGUGUGUGUGCUUCUUCUUGAAUGCAUAGCUAACCAAAUUUUACUACCCAUGAUGCUUUGCUGCGCGCGCUUUGCGCGGGAGAGAAGUAAAAUAAAUUACAAUUUUGCUAUACGUAAUGCAUUUGUAAAGUAGUAUUUAGGGUUUAGGCCAAGUUUUCCUACUAUAUUUCCCAUAUUUGGAAAACUACAUAUGGUCCAAAGGGCCGAAACUUUCCGAUCCCGAAAAGACUGAAAAUGAAAAGAAAUUACGUGUCUGCCGGAAUAGAUUUCACUCAAAGUAAGCGAUUUUAACAAGCCUUAAUUGCUGGCAGGCAGAAUACUGAGCCUUCUUACGAUCGGAACUUGUAAUGUUAAGCCUGUUCCUCGUUUACACCACCACUGACCCUGACUUCAAAAACCAAACAUUUUUAAAUUCUUAAAAAUUUCUUUUACGAGGAGGGUUUCAAGACGUUACGUACUUUACUUUACUUUACUAUAUCUUUUCCUACUCAUUUCUUGAGAAAAGGAAGGAUUCAGAGGGGGAACCACUGAAAUUUGCUUGGAAAAUGAAGACAUGGGGGUGGGGGGAUCGCGAAAGUCAUCAAAUGUUAUUUGGGGGAUCACUUCAGUGAAGUAACAUUCAAAGGGGGGAUCGGCUGAAUUUCACCUUAUUUAGCCCCAAAUCCUCCGAUCCCCCCAGGCGAUAAAUAAUAACCGGUCCCUUAGCGACAAUGAGUUUUUAAAAGGAUUUUGUUGCAAGUGGAACUUUUACAACAAUUUUUGGUACUUUGUGCCGCGAAUGACACACCACAGGAAAAUGCAAGAAGACAUCCAAAAUGCAAGUCCUUAACGCGCUAAUCGUGCAAAAACAGUUGAACUUAAACUCGCACUACAGUUCUCUGAACUAAUGUAUUUUCUUUGUAUAGCAUGUCCCGAACCUCUCGGGAUGGAGAGCAGAAAAAUAACCGAUGGCCAGAUCACAGCUUCAACCGAAUUCAACGCUGCACACGGUGCCACCAAUGGCAGACUUAAUUUCAAGGCUGGAGACGGUAAGACUGGCGCAUGGUCCGCCCUCAGAAAUGACGUUCAUCAGUGGCUACAAGUGGAUCUUGGAGCUGAAACCGAGGUGACAGGAGUACAGAUCCAGGGACGACAAGAUGCCGAUCAAUGGGUUACGAGUUUUACUAUCUCCUACAGCAGCGACGGCACCACCUAUACAUCUUAUCAGAACAGCGAGGUAUGGAAAACAAUGAAAAUCGUAGCAAGAGAAACUCAAGCUGAUGACUAAUUAAAUCUCGACUCACUAACAUGAAAUUGUCUCAAAUCUCAGCAUUAAAAACUUAGCAACACUGUUACCCUCCACAAGUAACUUACUAGUUUAACCUUAACACUUCAUUUACCAGCUCAAGGUCUUCGAUGGAAACACGGACCGCAACACCGUGGUUUUGAAGGGUUUGCACCCUUCCAUAAAUGCACGCUACAUUCGGGUGCAUCCAAAGACGUGGAGUGGCCAUAUUUCUAUGAGGAUGGAACUAAUGGGAUGUCCGUCAGGUAUUACAGUGACAAUCUUGUUCGUUUUCUUCUUAAUUAACAAACAAGUUCCCAGUUACUUUCACCACAGCGGUAGACAGUAUACUCGCAUAGUUUUUCAACUGCAGUUCACUUCUCCUAUUAUUACAUAAUCACAGGGCCAAAUAAUUUCUUUUAGAAUCAUGUAAUCAAUUUUAUAGAAUAACCUAUAACCUUUUAUAGAAUAAUGCGUUUAAACUCAGAAUCAUGCUUAGGAAAUACGUGGGCUGGGAAAAUAAAAAAAAGAAUCUACUUUUAAACAAAUAUAAUUUUACAAACAACGCUUUAGCGAGUGCAGCCAGCGGUUGCACUUCCCUGCCACUUCUUUUAUUGGGAAGCAAGACAGUAGUUCCACAUCCCAGGAAUCUCACGAAGGAAUGAGACCUAGUCCAGUAUAAUACCAUCAGAUAAAACAUUAAUCUUAAAGAUACUUAUAUAGAUGUAGAGAAAUAAAAUAAUGAUCUGCUUGAUGUACGUUCUAGUCGUGCUAAAUAUAUAGAGAGCAUAAGGAAUAAUCGAAUGAGCUAAACAAAGGUUCCAGUCAGAACAAAGGGGGCGGGGAGGGGGGGCGGUGAGAGGGAAAAAAAACGCUGUUGUGAAUGAACCGAAGCCCUAAGAGAACUGUGCAUGAUGAGCAUGUGAUAUUAAUAUGAAUGGAACCUUUGUAGAGUCUAGUAUAUAUAUCAUGUUACCGGUUACGGUGGACUUUGCCAGAGGAGAAGGAUACAUUGUAAUCGCACAACUAGUUACUGUUUAUUGUUCUUUCUUGUACUUUGAACUAGUAUCUACCAUUACUUAGUACAAAAGCCUAUCCAAAUGUUGAACGUGUUGUGACAAAAUAACAGAGAUAUGAUUGAUGCUAAUAGGUCAAUAUGUGUGUUUCAAAGGGCAUAUAUGUAAUUUUCAGGUUUAUUAACAUCAGUUUAUGCUACCAUAAACUUGAACUUAAUAAAUUGUAGUAUUAAGGCAAUUAUGGCAGGUACAUACUCCUUUAAGCGAUUUCUUAAAAAAAACUCCUGGUACAGAGAAACACAAAGAUAAAUAAAAAUCGUACUGGCUUCAUUACGUUGCCAUGGCGACUCCGAUUGUAAUAAAACCAGGAUCGUAAGAAAUUUUCAUCUUUACAUAAUACAGUUGUGGUAACCUUUUCCCCAUAUCUUUACUCAUGCCGACGUACUUAAUGCUCAAACUUGGGAGGUAUUCCCCCCCCUAAAAAAUCCAGUCGAACCACCUUAAAAGUUAAUUGCUUUAAUUAUAAGUUAAAAACGGAGGCUUCGCUUUUAGCCCUGGCUAAUUCUAUUUAGUAAAAUCCAACUAGUGGUCUAUUAUCAAUGCUGCGUUCUGAUUGGUCAAGCUACUACAAGGCUAUAUGUUAUAGCUUACUGGUAGUGAAAAGCGCCGGCUUUUGGGCGGCAAAAAAAGGAUUAAAGUCUAGUUUUAACCAGUUGUUUUGUCUCGAUAUUUUUGACCAACUAGUCAAAAGCCCAUUCGGCCUUCAACUUCAUGGACUAUUGCCGCAUGCAGUAAUAAUUUUAAUUUUAUUUAGACAAAAGUGAAGCUUUGUUCACUAUCAAUCUCAUUUAUCUUCAGAAAUAUCACAAAGCAGCACCGGUUUAGCUUUUUCUGGUGGUGGCAUCAGAUCAGCAGCUUUCUGCUCCGGAGUCCUAAGCAGACUACUAGAGAGCGAAGUUAAAGUGGAUUAUUUGAGUUGUGUAUCAGGGAGUGGUUACACGGGCACAGCUUACUUGGACUGGAAAUAUCGCGAAGAAAGUAAAGACAAAGGGAGGAGACAAGGAGAAGGCGAGGGAGGCUGGCACAAGGAGUUCUUUGAACAUAUGAAACAAAGAUCGGGAUACAUUUGUGACUGUACUAGCUGUUCUGGAAGAUGCUGCAACGACGCAUUCUGCUUCGCCGGUUUUAUCAUAAUUCACCUCAUUCUGCCAGUAAUUUCAUGGGCAUUUUAUGCUUUUCCUGUGGCCAUUACCAUCGAUAUUAUCUUCGGAAAAUUAAUGCGACAGUCGCAAGACUGUGAUGCUGCUUUAGAAAGGCAAAGAGAAGAGAAAGGGACCACAGAGCAUGACAAUGCUCUCAUUAUCCGUUGUCUAAGCGGAGGUGGCAAACGCGAUAUCGCUAGGCUGUUUAUUUCCCUGUUCGCUGCUUUUAUAGUCUUGUUUUUUAUCACUUCCAAACUUAAAAGAAGGUGUUCUCGCUUAAAAAGCUUUCUGCUGCUGGUUGAAUACUCUGUUGCUUGUACGUUGAUAUUCACUUUUAUCCCGUUUACAAUUUACGACUUUUUUGUGAAGAUCCCUGUGUUGACACAGGUUUUUGUGGCAAUAAUUGCUGUGAUUGUAUGGGUUGGUAUUCCUUUCCUGCGCAGAAAGACAUCUUACGUCAUGAUAGUCUAUGCGUAUUCGUUUGUCAUAUAUUGGAAGGUGUUCAGAGUGGACUUGCCAGUAUUCUUUAUCAGCCACGAAGAUCACCUAUUUCACUGGCUGUUGUCUACCUCUGGAAUGUUCUUGUUCAUUUCCUCCUUCUUUACAAAUUGCAGAGGGAGGUUUGCGCAUGGAUACAAUAGGUAAGAAAAGUCGCUCAUACGAUUAGAGAAAGUAUUGCGGUCUUUUGUGGUAGGGCCUGUGUCACAAUACAGUCAACUCUCUCCAGGAUGGACACCUUUGGGACUGGCACUAAUUUUCCGUCUGAUAGAGAGUUAAAAAAAGGAAGUAAAGAAAGAAAGGGGCCGACUCUGGGUGUCUGUUUUACAGAGGUGUCCACCUUAUAGAGAUUUUACAAUUUUGAUUGUCCUUUUGGUCUCCCUUGUUGGCAGAACAAGAGGAAAGUCAUUCUACGCACUGUUCAAUUACGGCCGGCCAGAUGACACGAGCGAAAAAGUUUGGAAAGGUUCGGAUAAACGACGAAUGGCUCGCAUUUUACGAGUUAAGUUAAUUGACCCAUUCAGUUUUUAACCGUUCCGUUCUAAAAAGGUCCAUAAGCAGGUUUUGUUUCUGAACGGAACGGAUAAAAGUCGGUUCCAAACCUGCAUUUUUGUUAGUUUUAACGUCUUUACGCUCCUCAGGUCACUUCAUGACUACCUAAUUAAAUAUGCAUAUUUUGUUGAAUGCUAUUUCGAAAGGUUUGCUUCUAUCAGUGCUCCUAAAAAGUGAACUACAAAUGUGAAACGUGAUUUCAAACAACACGUGACAUUGCUUCGUCAAUGACGUCACAAAACACGUUUUCAACGGGGAAGGGUUGCAAACCUUAAUCUUAGGAAUUUUCACUAACAAAAUGUUACAUAAACAGUGUAAAUCGUAAAUCUGCCUUGUAUGAUUGCAAAUGUUAUUUAUCCUAUUAGCUAUCUCACUAAUUAAUAAGUCACGUGACCCUUUUCCCAAUAUUUACCGAUUCCUAUAUAACGUAAACACACAUACAUUGCGAAUUUUUUCAGAACCUUUUUAAUAGCCUCUGAAAUGUAUCUAAAAGAACUUGUUGCUCUUUCAUUAUCUUUUCCCCAUUUUAAAGUAAAUACUUUGACCAUCGAUUCUCAAUUAUCAGUCACGAGACAAAAAUGUGACCUUCUAAAAUGUCUAACGUUGCUAAGGCUAUUAAGCUACAUUUGUAGUUCAAUUUUCAGGAUCAUUGAUAGAAGCAAACCGUUCUGAAUAACAUUUUAUCAAAAUAUACAUAUUUAAUUAGAUAGUCCUGCCUUAAGCGGCCUGAGUCGCUCUCUUUUUGGUACUGAUCUUUUGGUUGAGGUCUCGAAUACCAAAGAGUAAGCGGCCCCCAGGAUUAGUAAUUAAAGUCAAGAUCGUGACGACUAUUCUCGUACCCGUAACAAAGCUUGUACUUCCAAACAAUCGAAAUUUGUCUUCGACUGGUAAUUGCUUCUACCAGAACCGUUCCGUCUAUUUUGACAUGUAAAAGCCAGAUCCUUUUUUACGCUCGAUAAAGAAAAAAAGAUUUUGAGAAAACUACUUGCAAAUGCCCUAUGAUUUAUUGUGAAAAAGUGUAUAAAGGUGAUGUUACACAGCUUUACACGGAACGAUUCGCAACAACGAUUUUCAGCGCAACACAGCAUUGCAAUAUUGGAACAAUGUUGCAAUCAUUUGAAACAAUGUCGCAACAACGAUGCAACGCUGUGUUGCGCUAAAAAUGCUCCUUGCGAAUCGUCUCGUGUAACAUCACCUUAAGUAUGCUAUCUGGAUAUCUGGGCUCAGAACAACAUUUGCGAACUAGCGAGACCUUAAUGUGUGGAGGAAACUAAAAUUUAUAACUUAAGAUACGUAAAAUUUCCUUGAAAAAAUAAACUUCAAUUUAUAAAACAAAAAACAAAUCAAACUAAAAACUUCUAAUACACUCAAAACGAUUAAUGGCGUCCUUGUGUUAUUUUACAAUAAAGUGUGAUGUUUCACAUUGGCAGACCUACGGACAGGAGCACAGGGUACAGAGGAGUUUCGUGUGAAUAAAUGAAUCACUUAUUUAAAGUCUCACCUUGAAAAAUGUCUAUAUCUGACGCUUAUUAGCACGAUUAAUUAGCCCAAUGGGAUCUUUAUGAAUCUACCGUAAACGAUUUCUUCGCUUCUUAUCUGACCCAGAUCGACCUUGUUGUUCGCCAUUUUGAAAAUCAGUAACCGCAAACCAUAUCCUCGCUGGCGCACGGCACGUCGCGAGGCCCUCGGUCUAUAGGAUGUGUAACGAAACUGUAACGCGAUCAAAAUAACCCAUUUUCAGAGGUUUUCGACGGGUUUUGAUGUUCUAACGACAAACACAUCUCCUCUGGACACUGUGACAGGAGGUCAGGUAAAAACAAAAGGACAAGAGCUUAACUAGCUCACACGCUGAGCUUUGCUAAAUAGUUCUUCUAUUCUACAGGUGGAGGUUACAGAAAGCGUUUUAUCACCAGAACAGUACCAGGCUAUGCGGAUGUUUAGGCAUUUGUCCUUCAUGGUUAUGCUGCUUAUGCAACUCGAAAAAUGAGACGAGGCCUCUGACCCUAGCAGAUCUGAAAGACAUGAAGCCCGAGUAUAUAUCCAACAUUGUUGUGAACCGUUGGAAGAACAACGAGAAAGACAAAAAGAACUAUGCACUGUUAACUAUGUCACCUUCUGGAAUAGAGCGAUUUGACCAGCAUGGAAAAGGACAGUUCAAAGGUAGACUGGAUCCUGGAAAAAUCGAGUUAUCAGAGGCCAUGGCGACAUCUGCGGCAGCAUUAUCGUAUCACAUGGGAAAAUAUGAAGAUUCAAUGGAAGGAUUGAUCCGUCUUUACACGAUCCUUGGACUUGAAAUGGGUGCUACGCAGAUAAGCGAUCAAGGAGAUCAGACUAAGGUAGCAUAUCAGGCAAGAGUUUUUGUGGUGAAUUUAUGUGGUUUCCUUGCAACGCGAGGGAAGUAAGGCCUUUGCGUAGAGAAGGUUUAUAGCUACGUCGAAAUUUGAGUCGGGUUUAUACGUAUAUCUGGUCUCCCUCGUUCCCAAGGGUUUUCUCUCUUGCCUCGAGAAAGAACCCUGGUUGUAGCUGGUCAAGACUACCUGUGACAAUGAACCCCUCACUAGGGUAAGGCUUAUAUAUUAUCUUUUUCUUUAGUUAUGGAACAAUCGGCAGUGAUAAAUUGCAGAACGAUGAACGCAGAACGCUGAAUGACUCUGAGUUUAGUGGCUAGCGUUAGGAAACUGAGUGAAUCAGGUUUCAUUUAGGGUCAUUAUACUGGAAAACAAUUAAUCGGAUAAAAUUAAACAGCUUUUUCGUUUUUCGCGGAUGCGCAGAAGCCAAAUUUUGGACUUCCCUUGCCUUACUUGCUGAAACCCGUUUCUAUACUUAUUUUAAUAUCCUCAUCUUUUUUCGUUUCUUAUAACCAACAGACCGUAAUAUUCUGCGGCUGGUUCACCUGCAUUGCAUUAGGUGUUCUUCGUGGAUUUCCCUUGGUCAUCCCAACAAUAUUUUAUUAUUGUGAUUAUAAAAAUUUUGAGACGGCAGUCUUUUGGGCCGUGGUGUGCUUCCUAUUUAUACACGCCUCGCUUGUUCUCACCGCAAUCUGCGAUUCUGGGUGCAAGAAAAAACCAGCCACCCAAGAUUCUAGCUCUGGACCGAAAGCACAACUAAAAGAGCUUGAACUAGGAAAUUUCCCACAAGCUGGGUCAAGUGUCAAGCAAGAUCCCGAAACACGGUGUUGUGGAAAAUACAUAAGGUGAGUGUGUGAUUACAAAGUCAGAAUGGCUUUAUACCUACCAUUCGAUAAUACAUUCUGGAUUUCACUUUCUUUCUGUAAUUUUUACUUGGGAAAAGAGUAGGCAGAUUAUCCUUAUUUACCGUAGUAUUAUUAUAAAUGGUUAUCUUCAUUCUCGAUUUUUACAGUCCCGAAGCCAUUGACAGGUCCUCAAUAUUAAUGUUUCCGGUGAUUUUUCCAACUUACUUUUUCAGCUUGUUAUUAUUAUCAUCAUCAUCACCAUUAUUAUUAGUAUUAUAAUAAUUCUUAUUAUCAUUACUAUUGUUACAGUAGUAUUAUCAUUAUAAUAACAAUUUUUUUUAUUAUCAUCUUCAAUGAAAUUGGAUUUCAUUUUUAUUUUUUAAGAACAGAAGUUAAAAGUCCUCAUUAGAAUAAUUUUUUAAUUAAAAAACAUGCAGCGGAAGGAAAAUAUGAACUGAUAGGAUUUCUGUAUCAACUUAAAAAAAAAACAUAAAACACGGGCUUCUUUCUAGGUGGCUCAAGGCGAACAUUCCUUUCGUCUACAAUUCGAGAUUGUUAUUCUCCAAGGACACCAUUGGGUCAACUCCGCCAGCAGUCCUAUUACUUAGCGACGGUGGUCAUUACGAAAAUCUCGCCAUUUUGCCACUGUUGCAGAGGAAACUGAAAAGGAUUGUUGUUGUCGACGGAGGGUAUAAAGACGAAGAGGAGGACUACGGAGACUGUAUUCUAAACGCAUUGAUGCUCGCUCGGACUGAGCUAAACUGCUCAUUUUAUGCCGAAGACGGAAAAGAUGUCAUUACAGACCUGAUACAGAUGUUUGUAAAAGGGGACGAAAAACCGCGCUAUUACAAGUAUGCAUAUCUCCUGCCUAAACAUUUUUUCCGCUUUAAAGAUCGUUAGGGUAAUCGCCUUUCUCCCUUAGUUCUCAACCGAUUUUCACCUUUCUUUUGCAUUGUCACAGUAUGUUAACUCGAAAGGCGAAGAGUCUCCCGGAAGUUAAAGAAUGGUGGUUAUGGACACUUUAGGUUCUUUUAUCUAUAUUUUCAAUUUUGUCGUGGCGAGGACCGGCAUUUUAGCAUUUUAUACCCUUUUGAACCUUUUUCUUAAAAAAUAUAACUUUGUCCCUGAAAUUUAACAAAAAAAAUCACAUAUUACGUAAGUAGUUAAUUAUUAAAAAAAAAAAAACCAUCGGCGACUAUUGGCAAGUUUGGUAAAGGAAUGAAAGGGAAUGUGAAUAAUGCAUGAAACCUAUCAGAGCUCCGUAACAUUCUGGAAAUAUUUCUCUCGUAAUUAUACAGAUUUAAAGUACACUAUGGCAAAGAAAAUUACAAUGAUCCGGACCGCGAUGGAGAAAUCAUUCUUCUUGUGCCAAGGGAACCACAGGAAAGCGCAAGCAAAGAAGAGCCCAGGGAAUUGAUUAAAGAACAGGGCAAGAAGUUAACCAACGAAAAGGCCAUGGAGUUAACCUUCUGCUGCUGCGAGUGUUGUCAUCAAAAAUCAUGUUAUGAGUUCUCCAAGUGCCUUUGUAACGCGUUCCCACAACACAGCACGGCCAAUCAGUUCUUCACACCCCGGAUGUUCGAGGCUUAUCACGAGGAAGGACGCCGGGCCUGUGAAGAGGUUAACGCUUAUGACUUUUUCAAAACAGCUUGCCCUGCGGGUGACAAGCGGGAAGUUUCGGAAGAGCCAAGUACAUCUGGUUGUCAAGACAAAGUAAAGUAA